UGUGCGGUUUCUGGGUGGAACCUUUCUUUGGAAAUCGGGGAAUGUUUUUAGUGUAACAACCAGGAGAUACGUUGCAGUCAGUGUCGGCUUUAUCAGUGAUGGAGUUUAGACCGAGCAGGGGCCGCGGUGGUCAGUGGAGAAGAGGCGGCAGUGCUGGCGGUCCUGACAGCGGGAGUACCGGAGACCGGAGAGGUCGCGGGAGAGGCGGCCAUCACCGCGGAAGAGGGAGAAGGGACCAUUACCGCGGAAGAGGCCGCGGUCCUCCCGAGGAUGGCGCUGCAGACUUCUUUCGCCGAGGUCAGGAUGAACAAGAAGACAAAGAAAACACUGAAGACGAGAUGCCAGCAGUCUAUUCCAGGAGAAAGCUGGAGUCCAACUGGGAUCGUUAUGAGGAAUCAGAGAAGGAGGAGGUGAAUGAUGAUGUUCCAGUGCAGAGAGGGACAGACUAUCACGUCCUCCUCACUUCAGCAGGUGACUCCUUCACUCAGUUCAGGUUUUCUGAGGAGAAAGACUGGGAGGUGGAUUCACUAGGAACUAAUCAGGUGCCUGCUCUCUUUGUGGACCUGGAAGUUUUAGCUCGUUCUCUUCAGGAGCUGCCACUGCACCAGAAGCUUGACCUGGAACCCAGUCUUGUUCAGGAGGUGACUCCAGUAGAACUUCCCUCAGUAGGGGUACUGAACAAAGUGGAUCCAGUACUCAGUGGAUUUAAGCCUCCUGCUCCAGCACACUCGGGUCAAGAGCCAGGCUCACAUGGAUCGCGACCUGUGCAGCCUGUUCCAGGCACCAGCGUGUGCUCCCACACCUCCACUGCAGUGAUCAGCCCUGUGGACGACGCUGACGAGGAGCUGGAUCUUCUCCUGGGACUACAGAAACCUGUCACAAGCCUUAAUUUAGCUGAGACAAAGACCUCAAAUACUGUAGAGGAAGUGACUGCUACCUCAGAGAAAGCUGCGUCAGUGGUAGAGGAGAUGGAAGAACAGGUGGUUGAGAUGGACCAGGCAAAAACAGAAGAGAACACUAAUAGGAACCAGCAGAAGCCUGAAGAGUUGCAGCAAAAAUCUGAGCCAGUAAAGCAGGAGAUGACUGAGGAAGAUCUUGAAGACUGGCUAGACAGUAUGAUCUCCUAAACAACUGAGCACAACUCUGAGUGUGUUGAAAAGCAACUGUGGACAUGAACAAUGAGACUGUAGUGCUAUCUGCAAGGAAACCUGCAUGCUGGUAGGAUCCUCUUGAUGACAUCUCAUCUCUGAGCUUCCAUCAACAUCAAAAUCUAUGUAUAAAUGAAUAAAUGAAUAACCUGCUGUUAUUGUUUAAUGAUGCCUUACUGAUGAAGGCAGAUGCCUUCAGUAAGAGGCUGUUACUAAUGUGUGAUGUGAAUCAGUGCAGUCUGGAUUAUGAGCUGUGUAUCUGUGCAGUAAAUGACAGGUGGGAUUUAUUGCAUUGAUCACUUUAUUGUGUUUUUGUCCUCUUCUCUCAAAUGAAACACAAUUCACCAAAGCUUCUUCAUACAUACAAAUGGCCAAACAGUAAUGGUUUACAAUUUUGCCUUGUUUCCGUUAUAGUGUGUUACCCUAAUGUUCUCAGCUUUGGGUUGUAGUAUUGAUUUCCUUUAACACCAGCAGAGAUAGUAAGCUUGUAAGCUUUGCCUAUUAAAAAGAAAUCAAACAAAACAUAACAGCAGUUGUGGAUUUUACUCAGAACAUCUUUAACUAAAGCCACAAAACUAAUCUAGGUAAGUUAACCUAAAAUACAGGCUUGCUACACAUAUGAGCAGGGACAAAAUGUUUUGCAUAGUUUUUUUUCAUAAGGCACUUUGACUGUUGAUGAACUAAUCUAUUGGGCUCAUGGAUCUAUGUUCUGCCUUUGACAUUCUGCAUGCCGCCUGUUGCUUUACUAUUUUAUAAGGCGUUGCACAUUCCAAGUCAGAAAUGUUCAUUCUUUAGUGAAUAACAAGAAAAGGAUGUUGUGCAUAUUUCUCCAUUCACUCAGCGUGUCUAAGUAAAUAUUCACUCAAAAAUAUUUCAGCUAUUAAUGAUAGGUAGCUUGUAGGUUCCUGUUAGCAUUAUGUGAAAUAUAAUGGGCCAACUGGUCCUGACUAGCAUCAUUCACUGAUAGCUAUAUUUGAUAUGUUGCAUUUUUAUUUUUUUUUUUAUUUUAUUUUAUUAUUUUUUUUUUGUAUAACGUGUUCCUUGGGUGUGUGCUCUCACAGCUCACUGCGCAGUGUGUUUAAAUACCAGCAGAUAAAAGGCAAUAAAAUGUCAAAAGUA